AUGUCAGACGACACAGCCUUCCUCCAAGCACCCCUAAAUCAACAUUUCGCCACUCCACCACGUAUCCUGAUCAUCGGCGCAGGCAGCCGUGGCACCUCGUACGCCGAAGCCGCGCUCUCGUCUUCCAACGCCAUCAUAGCUUGCGUCUGCGAACCCAACGAGUACAAGCGCAACCUCUUCGGCUCGCGCUUCAUCUGGUCCGACACCGGGGUUCCUCAGUUCGGCCAGUGCUUUCCUGACUGGCGAGAUUGGGUCAAGUAUGAGAAGGACAGACAGGAGAGCUUGAAGACUGGCAAAGGUCUGACUGGCGUUGGGGGCUUUGAGCCGAUCAUCAUCGAUGCGGUUUUCGUAUGUGUGCUGGAUGAGAUGCAUGAGGAGGUUGUAUGUGGGAUCGCGGGGCUGGGCAUGAGUAUCUGUGUGGAGAAGCCGUUGGGCACGAGAAUGGAGAGUUGUGGGCGGAUGUACAGGGCGUUGAAAGAUGCGGAGAGGGAGAAUGAGAAUGAGACGGUGUUUGGGAUUUGUCAUGUGUUGAGGUAUUCGCAGCAUAAUAUGAUGCUGAGACAUUUGGUGCUGGAGAAGGAGGUUAUUGGGGAUGUGUUGAGUAUGGAACAUGUUGAGCCGGUGGGGUGGUGGCAUUUCAGUCACUCUUAUGUGAGAGGCAAUUGGCGCAAAGAAUCAACCACCGCGCCAUCCCUUCUCACAAAGUCAUGUCACGAUAUCGACUUCAUAAUGUGGAUGCUCUGCAGCCAGCCUUCAAAGAGAGCUGAUCAGUCCCCUCACCUACCAUCCCACAUCACUUCGACCGGCUCCAGGACGUUCUUUCGCCGAGCACGAAAGCCCAAAGAAGCAGCCAACGCCACAAACUGCCUCUCCUGCCCCCACGAAUCAGACUGCAUAUACAGCGCUAAGAAAAUCUACAUCGACAAGCACCUCGCCCGCGGCAAUGCAAACUGGCCCGUCAAAAUCGUCAACCCGGAGAUCGAAGAUAUAUUCAAGGCGCGGGGCAAAGAAGCCGCAGAGUCGAAAUUGCUUGAAGCACUCGCGGAAGACUACACCCCCUCCACGCCUGCGUGA